AUGGAGCAAAAUUCAGACCCAGACUCCUUCCUGAAGUCUGCGCGGCUCCAGCGCCUACCCUCGUCCUCAUCAGAGAUGGGAAGCCAGGACGUGUCCCCUCUCCAGGAGACCAGCAAGGACCCUUUUUCUGGAGACUGCAGCUGCCGGCAGGAUGGGCUGACCGUCAUCAUCACCGCCUGUCUGACCUUCGCCACAGGGGUCACAGUGGCCCUGAUCAUGCAGAUCUAUUUUGGGGACCCUCAGAUCUUUCACCGUGGCGCUGUGGUCACGGACGCUGCCCGCUGCACAGCGCUGGGCAUAGAGGUGCUCAACAAGCAGGGCUCCUCGGUAGAUGCAGCCAUCGCCUCGGCCCUCUGCGCCGGAGUCGUCAACCCACACACGUCGGGGAUCGGUGGGGGUGGGGUGAUGCUGGUCCAUGACAUCCGGAAGAACAGGAGCUGGGUGAUCGACUUCCGCGAGGUGGCUCCCCUGGAUGUGCCACUGGAGCAGGACCUGCAGAAGGACACCAAGCCAGGUCUGCUCGUGGGGGUGCCAGGCAUGAUACAAGGAAUGCACCAGGCGCACCAGUUACACGGGAGACUCCUGUGGUCCGAGCUGCUGGGCCUCGUGGCCAGUGUCGCCCAGGAUGGGUUUAAUGUCACACAUGAUUUGG